AUGGAGCUGAAAUUCACAUCCAAAUCGCUCCAACGCCAAGCCAAGAAAUGCGAGAAGGAGGAGAAAUCCGAGAAGUUGAAGAUCAAGAAAGCCAUGGAGAAAGGCAACAUCGACGGAGCUCGAAUCUACGCUAAGAACGCAAUCCGGAAACGCACCGCGCAAAUGAACUAUCUCCGCCUUGCCUCUCGCCUCGACGCCGUCGUGGCCCGUCUCGACACGCAGGCGAAGAUAGCGUUGAUUUGUUUUAAAGAGAUCCUGUCCAUGAAAUGGACACUCUCCAUUUCAAAGAGAAAUGGAGAGGAUCUGGAUCCGGCAAUAUUGGAGUGUUCUGGGAUUAUUCCUUGA